CGGUUUCGGCGUCCCAGCCAACCAUCUCGCCGUCCAGAAUACAACCUUUCACUUUACUAUUCUCCACGUGAUGAGUGUGUGAUAGAGAGUGAAGCUGCCCUCAUAUGGACUUGCACCGAAGGAGGUCGUAUAGUCCUUAGAGCUGUACAUCAAUCAAGAGCAGAACAACAUAGAAACACUCACUUUAUACAAUAUAGUGUACAGGUCCCCAACUUUAUUCUUGUGCAA